UCUUGGCAGACCCAAUCACAAGGCGAGUCUCGACUGGAGCGCUGUUUUUUUGUAUUAUUAUUAUUAAGGGGCGUAUUUUCAAGUCUAUUUAAUUACAAACCAACGCUUGUUGUAGCUCGGGCGCUGAGCUGUGAUUUCACGUGAACCUCGGUGAACGGCUUGAGGAAGCUUCAGACGACCGACGACGCCUGAAUAUGACCAGCUUUCCUUGUGCACAGUGAUCAAUAAAUAGUAUCAACAUUUAACAAUGAAGAAGCUAAGAAGACAAAGUUGUCAGAUUGCAUUCAAAAGAGGCAGAGGACGGAGCAGUUCCUCCAACCACACAGAGCAGCAAAUUCUUUUUCGCUCUCCCUCUCCAUGUAGAUUCAAUUUCUCAAUGUCCAGAGACACACUCACAUAUGCCCAGUCUCAAAAAAUGGUGGAGGUAGAGCUUGAGGGGAGAGUUCAUCGGAUUAACAUUUCUGACCCACUCAGAGUCAUCACAGAGGAUGAGAUGCUGGCACAAGACCUAGCAGAGUGCAACAGCAAUAAGGAGAACAGUGAGCAAAUUGCAAGCUAUGCUCAGAAGGACCAGACAGUCUCCUCACCUAAGAACAGGAGAAAAGACAGCAAACAUAGUAAUAGGGGCAGACGCUCUAGUGUCCAACAAUACACCCACAACCAUCACACUCAGUUAGUGAGCCCUCUUCCUAAGCCCAGCGUCCACAGGGUGGACACCUACUCGCCUUCAGAGGCUUGUCCUCUUCCUGUGGCAUACUAUCGCUACAUGAAGAUGUCCCAUGAAGAGCUGGAGAUGAAGGCAGAGUAUGACAUGGAUGAGGAAGACAUGGCUUGGCUGGAAAUUGUCAAUAAGAAACGUGUGUCUGACGGGCAUGCCUCAGUCUCUCCUGACACAUUUGAGUUAUUGAUUGACAGGUUGGAAAGGGAAGCCAUUCUGGAGUCCCGUAGCUUAGCCUUGUCCCAAAGCCCCAUCGAUGAGGAUGCUUUCUGCUGUGUGUGCCUGGAUGACGAGUGCCUUAACAGCAAUGUUAUCCUGUUUUGUGACAUCUGCAAUUUGGCUGUGCACCAGGAGUGUUAUGGAGUACCCUACAUACCUGAAGGCCAGUGGUUAUGUCGCCGCUGUCUGCAGUCCCCCUCCCAGCCUGUGGACUGCGUCCUUUGCCCAAAUAGAGGAGGUGCCUUUAAACAAGCCAGCGAUGGCCGUUGGGCCCACGUAGUUUGUGCUAUCUGGAUACCUGAAGUUUGCUUUGCUAAUACAGUAUUCCUAGAACCUGUAGAAGGUGUUAAUAACAUUCCCCCUGCAAGAUGGAAGCUCACUUGCUACCUAUGCAAGCAGAGAGGGAGAGGGGCAUCCAUUCAGUGCCACAAGGCCAACUGCUACCGAGCAUUUCAUGUUACCUGUGCUCAACGAGCUGGGCUCUUCAUGAAGAUUGACCCAGUGCGUGAGACUGACAGCAGCCACACCACAGUCACUGUGAAGAAGACUGCCUUCUGUGGAAACCAUUCUCCUAUUGGAGCACAAAUGGGGUACAGUGAAGAAGGUGGAGGAUUUGUAGGAGGUAGGGGUCAAAGGUCAUAUACUUUAGGACCAACAGUUCAGGAAAAUCAGCAGGACAACAAAAAGGGUUUGGUUACACAGCAAAAAAAGAAGACAAGAAAGAGUGCAGAUGGUGUGUCACGGAAGUCGGCAACGCCUCUAUUCCUUGUACCCCAAAUCCCAUCCUACAGGCUUAAUAAGAUUUGCACAGGCGUGCCAGUACAGAGGAAGAACCAGUUCAUGCAAAGGCUUCAUAAUUAUUGGCUUCUAAAACGUCAUUCCCGUAAUGGAGUUCCACUCAUCCGUCAGCUCCACUCACACCUACAGGUUCAGCAGACUGAAAAGAGCAAGCCAGAUUCCAAGGUGCAGGCAUUGAGGGUAGAGCUGAAAUACUGGCAGAAGCAGCGGCAAGACCUAGAGAAAGCUCGACUUUUAAUCGAACUAAUUCGCAAGAGAGAGAGGCUCAAACGUGAACAGUUAAAACUGCAGCAGGUGACACUGGAGCUCCAGCUCACUCCGGCCUUAGUUCUGCUGCGCUCUACUCUGGAGCAACUGCAAGAGAAAGACAGCACUUGCAUCUUCAUUUCUCCAGUCAAUUUGUCUGAGGUUCCAGAUUAUCUGGAGUUUGUUUCUGAGCCCAUGGACUUCUCCACCAUGCGUGAGAAGCUGGAAGCACAUAAGUAUUGCUCUGUGGCAGAUCUGGAAGCUGACUUCAACUUAAUGGUGUCAAACUGCCUGCGGUACAAUUCCAGUGACACAGUGUUCCACAAAAGUGCCAUGCAGCUCAAGGAGGUGGGUGGUGCCAUCUUGCGACAUGCCCAACGCCAGGCUCUCAGAAUAGGCUUCGACCUUUCCACAGGGAUGCAUCUUCCAGAUGCCAGCAAAGUGAAUUCCAACCAGUCCUGCUGGGGCAAGGUGGAUGUGCUUCUGGAUCCUAGAAACAGAUUCCACAUGUCUCCAAAGGACCAGCUGAAGCAUCUGCUUGAAAAGCUGGACAUGGUGACAUCCAUGUGUGCCAGCGGAGGACGCACAAAACAGCUGCGAUUGCUGCGAAGGGAAAUAAACAGUAUUCGGCACAAGCUCCGCAACCAGCGGCGCACUUCACGACUGCUUGGUGGUAACAUAAAAAAUGAAGACAAGCAUGAGGAGGAAGGGUGGAACGGAAAUAUUAAAUAUGCAGCAUCAAUUCCAGAGUCCAGAAAUUCUACAUAUCAAAAAACUCAAGAGUCCACAUGUCUCACCUCCUCUCCUUUACCAGGCGAUGCCCCACCAAAUGCUUCAGUCUUCUGCCUGGAAACAGGAGGAAUGACCACCCAGGGUCAGUUUUAUGAACAGCAAGGAAGCAGAGGCCGGGGGAGAGGUAGAGGCAAGGCAAAAAAUCACACUAAGGCUCCUGCCCAUACAGAAGUAGAUGAUAAACUUCAUCUGAAGGAACGACGCACUCUGGCCAUAUCCUCUCUAGAUGGUUCACCUUUUUUGCCCAAGUUGGGUGUAGGCCGCCGCACAUCCAUACUAUUCAAGAAAGCUAAAAAUGGAGACAAACUGGCCAAAAGCAAGCUGUUUUCACUUCAGAACACAGUCAGUGCUGACCAACUAAGUGAACAACUGCCAGAUCAUAGGUCUCAGACAAGCCUGCUUUGCACAACACCAACCUCAAAAUCCACUUCCAAAGAGAAUGGCUUGACAAAAGGUCUUAAAAACCAGAACAAUAGUGUUCCAGAGUCCGAGAGCUGCUCUACUUCUUAUCAGGACAACAUCAGUUCUUCACCUCCCAGACUCAGUCAGUGCAAACCAUCUUUAAACAAGGUCCCAGCAGGAGCGGGACAGAACACACAGAAGUCUGAUUCAGUGACAAACCUGGAGCCGCUCAGCUUGGUUUGGGCUAAAUGCAGGGGCUAUCCAUCAUAUCCUGCAAUGACGAUAGAUCCUGACAUGCCUAAAGAAGGAAUACUUCCAAACGGCAUUGUAAUCCCAGUACCACCUCAAGAUGUGCUGAAACUAGGUGAGCGCAUACAGGUGGAGACUGAAGACAAGCUGUUCCUCGUCCUGUUUUUCGACACAAAAAGAACUUGGCAGUGGCUACCAAUGGGCAAACUCCAUCCAAUGGGAAUCGAUGACACUGUGGAUAAACGUCACCUGAUGGAAGGCAAAAAGCCAAACGUGCGGAAGUCUGUACACACGGCAUAUGAGCGAGCAAUGAGGCACCUCAGCCAUGUGCAUGAAAACGUGAACUUCAGGCCACCCUCUUUCAUUUAAAUCACUUCACAGUGAGAUACAACUCAAAAAGACUGUUGUGUAGUGGUCGAAAGUGAGAUCUUUUAUUUUACAUGUCAGCAUGAUAACUUAUAUGCUGUGAAAAGAAGUUGGCUAUAGUUUUCUCUUGCUAUUCAAAAUGUGCUGACCCUUCUAUAAAAAAGUAAAACUAAAUUAUCAGAUAUCUGCACUGAAUGUCACUGGUUACAUUUAGGCUUAGAUGCAGCCCAGGAUCAUGUUUUUGUUGAGAGAGAAUAAAAAAAAGGACCCUAUCAAAAGCAAGUAGAUUAAAAUGUUUAACUGACUAGCAUGCUGUAUUUUACAAAUGCAAAACUUUAACUGAUUUAUGUGGAUUGAUGCAAUGUGCAGAUAAAUGAAGAGAUAAAUGCCAACAGAGAUUAGUGUAUGUAUGUGUGUGUGUGUAUAUAUAUAUAUAUAUAUAUAUAUAUAUAUAUAUAAAAUGUGUAUGUAUGUCUGAUUUAUGAGUGUAUGUGUGUUUAUCAGCCAUAAGCCAUAACAUUAAAACCAUCCACCUCAUGUUGAAUAGGUCGACCUUCUGCCUCCAAAAAACUCUGAUACACUGAGGCACAGAGACACAGAGUGUGGCACGUUAUCCAGCUGGGAAAAAAAGCCCACUGCCAUUAUGGAAUACCAUCACAAUGAAGGGGUAUACUUUAUCUGCAACAAUGUUUAGGUAGGUGGUACAUGCAUUCUUCCUAAAGUGCAUCUUUGUGCCAUUUCUUACCGCAGGUAGGCAAUGUGUAUACCCCCACUGUUCACAUGAUGAAAAUGUGAUUCAUCAGACCAGACCACCUUCCUGUGAAGCUGCUUUGAGACAAUAUCCAUUGUUAAAAGUGAUAAACAAAUAAUAGUGGAUUGAAUUGAUGGUUGCUCAUGCUCAUUGUAGGCACUUUUGGCAGUGGUCAGGUGUCAGCAUGCACAUGCUGAUGAAUCAGUGGCUACACAGCAAGCUGUGAUCUAUGUCUUGGACACCUUUCUGUCAUUGUCAGCACAAACCUUUUCAGCAAUUUGUGCUACAGUAUCUCUUCUGUUGGACCAUGGGCUAGUAUUGGUCCAUCUUCAUCAGUGAGCCUUGAGAUCCAUGAUCCUUUAACUGGAUCAUUAGUUGUCCUUUCUUGUACCUUGUAGGUAUUAUCCAUACAUACUAGGAACACCUCUCAAGAUCUGCUGUUUUGGAGAUGUGCUGAUGCAGUUGUUUAGACAGUCAAAGUCAGGCAGAUCCUUACAUUUACACACACAUUUAUUGUGCUUUCAAAACAACAACUCUGAUGAUUGACUGUUAUCUUAAUAUAACCUUUAUGUUAUGGCUUAUUGCGUGUGUAUGUAUGUAUACACUCUAAGAUUUGAUAUCCGUGUUUAUAUUUGUAUGUGCGUGCGUGCGUGUGUGUAUAUAUAUAUAUAUAUAUAUAUAUAUAUAUAUAUAUAUAUAUAUAUAUAUAUAUAUAUAAUAUUAUAGAGCUAGUCUGUUUAAAACCUUUAACAUGCUUUCAAAUGUAUUACUUUUCACCUCCUAUACUUGAUAUUGACAACUGAACUACAUUAAUAGAUUUGUUGUUUAUGACUUUUAUUUGUGAGAACUUUUUAAUCUCAAACUUUUCAAAGCAUGGAUUAGACAGAAUUUGGGAAAGACACUGCUUCUGUAUAUAUUAAAGCAUGUAUGUAGAUGAUGUUCUUGUGUUUUUAAAAUCUAAAAUGUAAAUUAAGUACUGUGAGAAAUUGUACAUUUCAUUUUAAUUUAUAUUGUGUGGUUACAAUUAUUUAAUAAUAAUUUAGGAUGUUACAUAUAUAACAAUGCUCUGCAAGGCAUUAUAAUAUUUAGAUAACAUUGCAUAUAGUCAGAAAAGUAAGUAAGUCCAUUGAUCAUGUAUAUAAAGUAAAACAGACAAAAAGUGUCAUUUAGCUUGUAAAAUAAGCUCAAUGUGCCAGAGCAGCCUGAAAGGAAAUAAAUACACUGUUUUUUGUUA